CUAUAUACCUGGGCUGUCCACAGAGGGAGAUGAUGCUGGGAGGGGAAUCCCACCUGCUGUGAGUCACCUGAGUGUAAAGGGCGGGCCUUGAGAUGCAAGGUCCUUAAAAAGAGCUCUAGUCAGAGAGACAAAGGGAGAAAAACAACGGGAAGCGAGCUCAGAAACCCCGGACAACGGAGAGAAUCACAGCAGAGACAGAACAGAGAGGGAGGCUCAGAGCAAGUGGAAGUGGGUAGAGAUUCCACAAAGGUUGUUGCAGGUCACAGAACCAGCCAGAUUUGAGAAGCAGGCAACAUGAUGCUUGAGAACCCAGCUGUGGUGGUGCUGUUGUUGCUGCCCUGGAUUGCUCAAGGCCGGGCUGUGUCUGGGGGUGGCAACCCUGCCUGGGACCAGUGUCAGAAGCUUUCACAGAAGAUCUGCACAUUGGCCUGGAAUGCACAUUCACCAGUGGGACACAUGGAUCUUCUAAGAGAAGAGGAAGAUGAAGAGACUACAGAUGAAGUCCCCCAUAUCCAGUGUGAGGAUGGCUGUGAUCCACAAGGACUCAGGGACAACAGCCAGUUCUGCUUGCAAAGGAUCCACCAGGGUCUGGUUUUUUAUGAGAAGCUUCUGGGCUCCGAUAUUUUCACAGGGGAACCUUUUCUACUGCCUGAUGGUCCUGUAAGGCAGCUUCAUGCCUCCCUUUUAGGCCUCAGUCAACUCCUGCCGCCCGAGGGUCACCACUGGGAAAUUCAGCCGAUUCCUAUCCCCAGUUCCAGCCAGCCAUGGCAGCGCCCCCUUCUCCGCAUCAAGAUCCUUCGCAGCCUCCAGGCCUUUGUGGCAGUAGCUGCUCGUGUCUUUUCCCAUGGAGCAGCAACUCUGAGCCCCUAA